AUGACCAGCACUAGUACAGUACUAGCAAGUAUUGGUACGGUUCCAGUAGGAACUUGUACGUUUCCAAGAAAAACUAGUAUGACAGCAGCAAAAACUGGCACGGUGUCGGCAGAAACUGGUACGAUGGCAACAAAAACUAGUACGACGGUAGCAAAAACUGGUACAACGGUAACAGAAACUAGUACGGUGUCGACAGAAACUGGAACUGGUACAACGGCAGCAGAAACUAGUACAAUGGCAAUAGAAAUUGGUACAACAGCAGUAGAAACUGGUAUGGUGUCGGCAGAAACUGGUACGGCGGCAACAAAAACUAGUACGGCAACAACAAGAACUGGUACAACGGCAACAAAAACUGGUACGGUGUUGGCAAAAACUGGAACUGGUACGGCGACAAUAGAAACUGGUACAACGGCAGUAGAAACUGGUAUGACGGCAACAGAAACUGGUAUGGUGUCGGCAGAAACUAAAACUGGUACGGCGACAACAGAAACUGGUACAAUGGCAACAAAAACUUGUAAGGUGUCGACAGAAACUGGUACGAUGUCGACAGAAACUAGUACGAUGCCAACAAGAACUGGUACAGUGCCAACAUGUACGAGUACGACAGGAAUUGGUAUGGUGCCAACAAGAACUAGUACGGUGCCAGCAGGAACUGGUACUGUGCCAACAAGAACUGGUACGGUACCAACAGAAAUCGGUACAGUACCAACAAAAACUGGUAUGGGUGACUUGGAGGCAGAAACCGGUACGGUACCAGCAAAAACUGGUAUGGGUGACUUGGAAGCAUUAGCAACCCAGGUGGCGACGCUCACUUCACAGCUGGAACAAAAAGAUAAAAAGCUACUAGAAGCUGCUCACAUGGUAAAGAAAACUCGAGAAUGGCAGUUAAUGGCAAAAAAGAACCUGAAACUCCAGGCCGGACAACAGCCUCCUACCAUGACCACUAUAGGGACGCCUCCUCCCUCUUCUCGGUCUUAG